CAGUAUUUGACGUAUUUUUGUGGCAUCUUGUCAAGCUCUAACACUGGCCCUCUAUUCUUCACGUUCAUCCUCGCUCUCACUCUCGACCUUGCUCUCUUCUCUGAUUGCUCCCUUCACCAUCAACUGUGCCCAAUACCCAAACCAGCCACCAGAAAUCGCACACAAUCAUAGGUCGCAAAUAGCAGUAUCAGUUGCUCCACCUUCAUUUUCUUCUUACCCUUUUCUCUGUCGCUGGCUAAAUCACUCAAGGAUUGUGUUUCUGAGGGAAACAUGAAGUUGCUGGUGUCAAGGUGCUAACUAGAGGACUUUGGUUUCUUCAUUAUGGUCAAAUCGCAAAUGGGUACAUCUGUUACGAACCAGGACAACUUAAAUGGCAGUAGGAGUGGACAGUGGAAGCAAAAGGAAUUGUUUUUUCUGGUGACUUAUGCAUUUGCUUUUUAUGUUAUCAUAAUCAGACGUUCCCUUCAACUCUCUCAUGAUCAUUACAAACAACUAUUUGGUUUACGCCCGGGAUGGCUCAUUCCUCAUCACCUCAAUGAUGUCUCAGAUGCUCAGUGGACGAAUUUUCGAGGAAAUAUACCUGUUCUUAGUCUUGUCUUUGGAAUUUUCACUCUGCUGGCCAGCUUGAUGAGGGAUUUUUUUAAUUUAAAAGUGGGGGGAAUGUCUAUUGUCUGGCUUUUAUUUUCUUUGGCCUACCUAUCAUAUCUGCAUGGAGCAUGCAUCAUAUUUGUCCUUUCAAUAGCUACUAUUAAUUUUCUUAUCGUGAAGAUGUUUGCUCGGAAAAAGUACUUUCCACUUGUUGUUUGGAGUUACAAUAUAUUUUUUCUUCUCUCUAAUCGGAUUUAUGAAGGAUAUUCAUUCUCUGUAUUUGGAUCACAAUGGGAAUUUUUGGACAAUUACCGGGGCAGUUUUAGGUGGCACAUAAGUUUCAACUUUGUUGUUUUGCGCAUGAUAAGCUUUGGAUUUGAUUAUCAUUGGACAAAUCAAGAUUCUCAUUUUGAUCAGGAGAAACAUCAUCAGCGUUGUCAUAUUUGUAAUUCAGGAAAAUCAUGCUAUCAAACUUUACAGGAGAGAAGUCUACAGGAGGACAAGUUCGGAUAUAUCACAUACCUUUGUUAUUUGGUGUAUGCACCACUUUAUAUUGCUGGUCCAAUUAUUAGCUUCAAUGCUUUUGCCUCACAGCUAGAUGUUCCUCAGAGUACUAUUUCAGUUAGAAAUGUGACACUCUAUGGUUGCCGUUGGGUGUUCAGUCUUCUUCUUGUGGAAUUAAUGACACAUCUAUUCUAUUAUAAUGCCUUUGCUAAUAGUGGUUUGUGGAAGCAUUUAUCUCCUAUGGACGUGUUCUUCAUUGGAUAUGGGGUCUUAAACUUCAUGUGGCUGAAAUUUUUACUGAUCUGGCGCUUUUUCCGUUUCUGGUCACUGAUAAACGGAAUUGAGGCUCCAGAGAAUAUGCCAAAAUGUAUUAAUAAUUGCCACAACUUGGAAGGCUUUUGGAAAAAUUGGCAUGCUUCCUUUAAUAAGUGGCUUGUGAGGUAUAUGUACAUUCCUCUUGGAGGAUCUCGAAAAAAACUACUAAAUGUAUGGGUUAUAUUCACAUUUGUUGCCAUCUGGCAUGAUUUAGAGUGGAAGCUUCUUUCAUGGGCAUGGUUGACAUGUUUAUUCUUUAUCCCUGAGUUGGUUUUAAAAUCAGCAGCAAAAACAUUUCAGGCUGAAAGUGCUUUUGGCGAAUUCAUAUUUCGUGAAUUCAGUGCUGUUGCUGGUGCAGUCACAAUUACUUGCCUCAUGAUAGCAAAUCUGGUUGGUUUUGUUAUUGGGCCAAGAGGCAUUAACUGGUUGCUUUCUUCUUUCCUUCACAAAGAAGGGUUGCCAGUCCUCGGGGGCAUGCUUAUGACAUUUUAUGUUGGAACAAAGAUUAUGUUGCGACAUAGAUGAAGCUAAGCAAAGGUCGUCUUGAACCGGGCAAUUACUUUGUGACCGUAAUCCUUUGUGUAACUGCAAAUGUGCAAAGUGUAAAUUCACGUGUAGCGCUUGGAGUCACUAAUCUGGUACUGAGCAGUGGGAUUGGCUUGGAGGUACCCUGUGGGUAUGUUUUUUGACACUCUGAUUGAUUUCCCAAUGCAUUGUCCCUCAAAUUGGGAGCCAUGUCUUAGAAUUUUGUAAUCCAUGUAAUGUAAAAAUCAAAUUAACAGCAGACAUGAUACUUUUGAACUUCUGUUGAAAAUAGGGUAGGUUUACAACUUUACAUGUAAAAUGCGACAUGAUAAUUUUGAACUUCACACCUUAUUGCUGCA